GGAGCAGAGGAGCCGCCGCCCGGUCCGGCAGUCCGUCCGUCCGUCCGUCCGUCCGUCGGCUCGUCCGUGCCGUAGCCUUCCGCUCAAGCCUGAUCUGCGCGCAGCAGGGACAGCCCCAGAGCAGGUCAGCAUGGCGGAGCACCCAGAUGUGGAAGGCUUGGAGGAGAGCUUCCGAAAGUUUGCCAUCCAUGGAGACACCAAGGCCACGGGGCAUGAAAUGAACGGCAAGAACUGGGCCAAACUCUGUAAGGACUGCAAGGUUGCUGACGGCAAGAAUGUCACAGGCACAGAUGUGGACAUCGUCUUCUCCAAAGUCAAGGGGAAGACUGCCCGAGUCAUCAAUUAUGAGGAGUUUAAGAAGGCCCUAGAGGAGCUGGCUGCAAAGAGGUUUAAGGGCAAGAACAAGGAGGAAGCAUUUGAUGCCAUCUGCAAGCUGGUGGCGGGCAAAGAGCCGGCCAACGUGGGUGUCACCAAAGCCAAAACAGGAGGGGCUGUGGAACGGCUGACCGAUACCAGCAAGUACACGGGCUCCCACAAGGAACGCUUUGACGAAAGCGGCAAAGGAAAGGGCAUCGCGGGGCGGCAAGACAUUCUGGAUGACAGCGGCUACGUCAGCGCCUACAAGCACGCAGGGACCUAUGACUCCAAGGUGAAAAAGUGAGGCCCAGGCAGCUGCCUCCCCCCUGCCCGAGGGGCCAGGCCUAGGCCUGAAGGGUACAGGAAUGGUGGGGAGGAAGGGCACUGACCACUUCCCCUCCUGCCUUGGUGGCCACAUCCCAGCCCCAGCACACCCCAGGCUGCCCUGACUUUGUGCCCUGUGCCUUCAGUUUCCUGCCCAGGUGUGGGGUGCCCCUUUGGCCUGCCAGGGCCCUAACCCAGGCUGGUCCCUUUGCCCCCUCCUCACUAACCUUCUGGGCAAAGCAUGGGACCCAGGCCCCAUAGUAAGGAUUCCCAGCCCAAAGUGAAAUGACUGGCCUGUCCGGCCCCUUGCCCCCAUCUGCUUACCCCAUAUUUAAACUGCUGACCCUGGAUCAGUACCUGCUCUGUAUUCAGAACUCAAUAAAGAAAGCCUUUUGUACUCACA